AUGCGUCUCGAUAUCACCGCUGUCCUCGCCUCCCUAGCCCUAACCGCAUCCGCAGACCGCAUGGAAGUCUUCACCACCUGUGCCGGCUGGACAUGCAGGAGCAACGACGCAUGGUUCUACACUGACUAUGGUACUUAUAAGGUCGACGCCGAUAAGGGCUGCAGGGGUACUUCUGUUCCAGCGAUGGUUGAGUUCUGCGUAGACUGGGACAACAGACGUGCUCAUUUCAGGUUCUCUGGCCAGGGUAAGCGCUGCAUGGUGCAAGACUCAGAGAGCGCUUAUGGUUGCGCUGCCACGUGCUACAAGACGACUUGGAGGGAGAUUCCCUGCAACUGGCGAAUGGUCUCUGAGGAGGAUCCUGCUACUGAGAUUGCAUCUUCCGCUUUUGUCACCAUGACCAAGGCGGCUGGAAACUAA